GCUCUGGCGCAAGUAACUGGCGUUCGGCAAAUUCGACAAGCAGGCUACGGCUCAUCUGACGUUGCUGUUGAGGGAGCAGUCUCGCAGCAGUCUUCGGUACCACCUGGUGGGUGCUGUGGCUGUGGAGUUUCACCACCAGGCCCUCCAGGUCCGCCUGGCCCUGACGGAAAGGACGGCGCUGACGGCGAGCAGGGACCGCCAGGUAAAAAUGGACCAGAUGCUCUAGAAGUGCCGGCUCAACAAGCGAAGGUUGAAUUCUGCUUUGACUGCCCUGAUGGACCGGCAGGACCAGCUGGAAAUCCUGGGCCAAAGGGACCACCGGGCAAAGAAGGUCCGCCAGGCCCAAGUGGACCUGGCGGUAGCGGUGGCGGGCCAGGUGAGCCCGGACAACCUGGACCUGCCGGACCUCCUGGACCACCUGGGGAAAAAGGACCAGCUGGGUCACCAGGCGCCUUGUCAGAAAAAGCGGGCCCACCAGGACCACCAGGACCUGCAGGAAAUCCUGGACCACCAGGACCAGACGGUGAAGCUGGCGCACCAGGAAAAGCCGGAUCGCAGGGACCAGCUGGACCACCAGGAGAUGCAGGUGCAAGUGGAGCACCCGGAAAACCAGGCGCUGCAGGAGAAAAAGGACCCGAUGGGGAAGCAGGGGCUGCUGGUUCAUGCGAUCACUGUCCACCACCAAGAACCGCACCUGGCUACUAA